AUGUUUCCUAACGUUCUUACACUCUGGCAAGAGAAAUCGGAAGACCCCGUCCUCCCCAUAAGGACCCUGCCCUUCCGGACUAUGGUUUACUGCGAAACACUGCGGAAUGAAUGCGACUUCUUAUGCCAAAUCUGCCAAGACAUCCUUACCCCAACCAUGCACCAAGGCGAAUGGACUCUACAAGAUGUGGUUGUAUGUCAAUUGGCAGAAAACAGUGAUGAGCUUGCCUUGAUGAGCUCGACAACUACAUCUAUCACCGGUGGCUCAGGCGAGCUAGACUAUAUAGUAGCGGGACCAGCGAAGUCUGAGUUUCGGAGGCAGAUUGGAUCCAGCUACACUGCAGCGAGGAAGCGAACCAAAGAUUCUGUCUUCCCUGAGAAGCUGAAGGGCUUUUUCGCUCGACUGAUCAAAGCAGUAGACCGGGACACCGACUGCUUGCAGGCGAUUGCAUCUACGUUCGAACAAGAAGGCACUGAACCUUUCCGACUGCUCAGUCAAUACGUAAAACGCGCAAUAAACGUCAUCCAACAAGAAGACCAAGGACAAGUCUCCGACGAGGACGACACACCAAUGAGAGAAGAAGAACCCAUAUUCCAAACCUUGCUCACUGUCGCACUUUCACCGAAUGACGCGCUGGCCGUUAGAAACAAAUUUGGCCGUAAUUACUUCCUAUGUCACACUUCCUGUGCUGCAGUACAGUUGUCUUGCGCCGCAUCACAGAUGUCUUGCACCGAGCCGCAACUCGUGAACCCAUUUUCAGCAAGUAACAAUUCGUCGUCUGUAUAG